AUGGGCAUCACGAUAUCUCACACAUUGUUCUCGCCCCUGUCCAUGGUGUCCACCACCAUUGGUUUCGUGUCAUUCGCUUUCACUUUAGGUACCUUCUUCAAGGUAUUCUGGUCGAACCUCGGCACUUUUGGCGCAGCACCCCAAGAAAUUCAAGACUAUCUCUCAAGCCUCAAGCAGGGGCUACUGCAAGAGCGGCGGCAUCUGCGGAGGGUGCGACAAAGAUUGAAAUCCAUACAUCGCGACAAAAGCCAUGGCCCAGACGCGAGAAGUGGGUCCGAUGAUCCUGACGGCAAUUAUGGCUAUAAGCGAAGGAGCAGAGGGCAAAAUAGUGGACGAAGAAAAGGCCCAGGAACAAUGCACUUCGAUCGUGACAUCCAGUCCAUGCGGUCUACAGGAGAGAGCGAGGCACUCCAAGUGAUGCGCGUCACUAUCCGCGACCUAAUCAAUACUUUUCGCCAGAUCGAGUACCCUUUCUUGAAGGCAGAGUAUCAAAAUCAGGCUUCUGCGCAGGGGUCGAACACCAGUCAUCCUUAUGGUCCUGAGAAGAGCCCGCACUAUUCCGAGGAUGGGGCGUCAGACCUGCAUGCAACUAACCGCUUGGGCUAUGAGUACAAGAAAUGCGGAUUCAAGGAGCGCUGGUUGUGGGUCAGGAGGAAGGCUUCUGUCAUCAAUUUGAGCGAAGUACUAAAUCGAGUCGAGGUCAGGAGAACGGCGCAUGAAGUUGGUGAAGUGCUGAGCAUCGUCAGCAACAUCGGACGGGAUCUGGAAGAUAUGCAGGAUACCAUGUACGCGCUCGAAGGAAGGCUGAACCGAGUCGUUGGAGUGAGAAGGGUGGAGUGA